CGCUCAAUCUGAAUCUCUCACGGUUGCCAGUUAUGAACUUUUAUCGGAAUAAACCUGACAAAAAUAAAAAAAUCAAUAAGCUGCUUCACGCGAGAAAACGCUUUUAAAGACAGUUCCGUCUGUUUAAUUCCGCAACCCCCCGCUCCGCAUAUGGUUCAUUCCACUCCGCCGUGAGCUGUUUGUUCAUCCGCCGCUCGUUUCUGGACUUCAUGAACGAAUUCGGUCCGAAUUUUCACGCGUAACGACCCACGGAAGAGCCAUGCGCUCAAUGCGACGCGUCUGCAGAGAUUCACGCGUGUUUUCCGUGUAAAUCAGUCGCUUUCCAUCUGUUUGAGUUACUUACUCGGUUCUGAAAGGCUUGAUCCGAGUGUGUAAGACCGAAAGCGGACCAGAGUGACGGUGCGUCCGGUCCCAUGUUGCAGCCGAACCAGGACGAACAUGCCCGCUCAAAAGAUCCGGUGAAAUACGGCGAACUGGUGAUUCUCGGGUAUAAUGGCUCCCUGCCAGGCGGAGACCGCGGUCGGAAGAGGAGCCGUUUUGCUCUUUACAGGAGGGCAAAAGCAAACGGUGUCAAGCCGAGCACUGUGCACAUCCUCAGCAACCCACACGACAGCAAGGCGGUGAACAGCAGGGGUCAGCACAGCAUCUCCUUCACCCUCUCCAGGAAUCAGACAGUGGUGGUGGAAUACUGCCAUGACAAUGACACCGACAUGUUCCAAAUCGGCCGCUCCACAGAGAGUCCCAUUGACUUUGUGGUGACUGACACACCCGGAGGUUCAAAGGAGAGUGAGGACUCCUCAUCCGCCCCGAGCACCAUCUCUCGCUUCGCCUGCAGGGUGGUGUGUGACCGGAACCCUCCUUACACUGCCCGUAUCUAUGCUGCUGGAUUUGACUCUUCCAAAAACAUCUUCCUGGGGGAAAAGGCAACUAAAUGGAAGAAUCCAGAUGGUCACAUGGAUGGACUCACAACCAAUGGGGUGCUGGUGAUGCAUCCUCAGGGUUUUCCAGAAGAACCGAAGCAGGGACUGUGGAGAGAGAUCUCAGUGUGCGGUGAUGUCUACACUCUCAGAGAAACCAGAUCCGGUCCUAUCAGAGGACAACUGGCCCAAGGCGAGAGCAGCGCGCUUCAGGACGGCUCCCUCGUGGACCUCUGUGGUGCCACUCUCUUGUGGCGCACUGCUGAAGGUUUGCUCAAAGCGCCGACUCUGCGACACCUAGACGCCCUGCGUCUGGAGCUGAACGCUGCUCGGCCGCAGUGUCCCGUGGGUCUGAGCACGCUGGCCUUCCCCAGCCUUCCCCGAAGCCACAGUCUGGAGGAACGUCAACCCUGGGCGUACCUCGCCUGCGGCCACGUCCAUGGCCGGCACGACUGGGGCCAGCGGCCGGAGCGCCACCGCGAGCGAGAGGAGGGGGAGUGCGGAGGCACCGGGGGACGUCGAGAGUGCCCUCUCUGUCGGACGGUUGGGCCUUAUGUUCCCCUGUGGUUGGGGUGCGAGCCGGCCUUCUACGUGGACGCAGGCGCCCCCACUCACGCCUUUGUGCCCUGUGGCCACGUGUGCUCGGAGAAGACGGCCAGGUAUUGGGCGGAGACUCCGCUGCCUCACGGGACCCACGCCUUCCGACCCACAUGCCCCUUCUGCUCGGCCCCGCUGUCAGGCAGCCAUGGGUACACGCGGCUCAUCUUCCAGGGUCCAAUCGAUUGAUGAGGUGGCCAAAGGAGGGGGAGGAUGGGGGUCUGGAGUUUCUCUAGGGGCUGUAUUGCUAACAGUGACACCUACACUGACGUUAUCAUUAUCUCCAUCACUAAAAUACUUGUGCACAAUUAGCUCACGUUGGUGAAUUAUGCUGCCUUCAAGUCAUGUUGAACUGCUCGUAUUUAUGAGAUGAGCACACCUGAAAGCCACCACGUCAUAAUUCCAGUCCAGACUUUGAGUUGUGGGCGUGUCAAAGAAUCAUGACAAUAAGUUAUUGCAAAAUUUAGUGCAAUUUGUGUACUGAAAGAAUAAUGAUUAGGGCUGGGUACAAAUAUUGAUUGUCCAAUUAAUCUCAAUCUUCCUUUGAAAGAUCCUGGUAUUGAUUCUUAAAAUCCCAAGAUCGAACUUUUACUUUAAAGUUUACUUAACUGUUAAUUAAGUUGCAAUUGAACUGCAUAGUUUGGGCCACGGUUAAUUUUUUUAACUAAUAUUUUCGUAAUGUACGAACACAAGUAAGAAGGUUCCCUGUAUAAUUUACAGCAUAAACUGAGAUUUUUUUUAAAUGAAAAUAUAGUUAUAAUGCAAAAAGUUAUAAAACAAUGUACAUUAUAACUAAAAUAUACCCAGAUGAAUCCAAAUCUAAUACAAUUUUAUCAAAAUCAGAAUUUAAGUGCUUGUGAAGCGUAAUCGAAACCUUUAUCGAUAUCUACCCAGCCAUAAUUGCGAUUGAACGUGCAAGAACAUAUGACUCAUUUAAUCAGUUUAUGAGGUGACAUGCUUGUGUGACUAAACUAAAUUUUCCAUCAUUCUCUGUUGUAGCAUGAAAAUGAUAAGACUCAAAGCAAACUACACCACUCGUGUGUCCUUUGCGCUUCAUUUUGUUGCACUAGAGAUUAAAAAAAAAACUGUUUAUGUCGGGAAGUGAAAAAGAGAGAAGAAUAUGAAAUUCCUAACACAUUCGAUUUAUUCUGACCAAAAUCACUUACGAAUGCGCACAUCACGUCAUAAUUACAAUAUCAGAACUCCAAAGGACUUGAAGGCAGCAUUAGUUUUUUUAACAAAGCCUUACCUUUUUUCUUAAAGGGAUAGUUCAUCCAAAAAUGAAAAUUCUCUCAUUUACUCACCCUCAUGCCA